UGGGGAGCUCGGAGCAGGCACAUGUGCAUUCGGAGAAAAAAAAACUACCGAAGUCGCAGUCUGCUGAGCUCCGUGAAGACGGGUUGCAGCUAUUUGUGAAGCUGAAAGUGAAAGCUCUGUUGCAAACUGCUGGUCUGAAUUACGAGAAGACUCGGGUAAACGAAGGACUGUUUUGGAACUGGCUGUGCCUGCGAGAAAUGAAACAUUGGUUUUCUGCCUCAUUUACUUGGGAGCCUUGAAAAUUGGUUUCUGUAACAUUCUUUAUUAGUUAUAGCUGUGCACCUCCUGAAGGAAACCAUGCCACAAACACCAACAUUUGCUGCCAUGUUUAACAGCAGUGGUUACAGCCGACAUCUAUACUCAUCCCGAGAAGAUAAUUGCGGAGGGUUGUUCUACCAAGACAACAAUCUUGUGUCAGGGUCUCUGGAGGCACUCAUCCAGCACCUUGUGCCAACGGUAGACUACUAUCCUGACAGGACCUACAUAUUUACCUUUCUGCUAAGCUCCCGAAUUUUCAUUCGGCCUUAUGAGCUUCUAGCAAAGGUUUGCCUUAUGUGCAUUGAACAACAGAGAUUGAACGAGACCAUUUUAGAUAAGGCCAAGAUCGGGAAAUUUGCAGCUAAAAUAGUACAGCUGUUGUCUGAUUGGACUGAAACAUUUCCCUAUGAUUUUCGAGAUGAGCGGAUGAUGAGAAAUUUAAAUGACAUGACCCACAAGAUUGUGACAAUGGAUGAGCUACAUCAGAAACCCGUGCAGCAAUUGACUCAGAAGUUGAUCAGGAAGCUCGCUACUCUUAACCAGUACGAAGAAGUUCUUACAAAAUUAAAUACAUCAGUCAGCGACCGGUUGACAGUGCUAAGGACCAAACCACAGUCCAUCCAGAGGGACAUAGUGAUCAUCUGCAAUGAUCCAUACACUUUAGCUCAGCAACUAACACACAUUGAACUGGAACGGCUCAGUCAUAUUGGACCUGAAGAAUUUGUCCAGACCUUUGUUCACAAAGACCCUUUAGACAAUAACAAGACCUGCUUUAAUGAUAUGAAGAAAACAAGCAACCUGGAAGCCUAUGUAGAGUGGUUUAACAGGCUGAGCUAUCUCGUAGCAACAGAAAUCUGUAUGCCAGUAAAGAAGAAACACAGAGCACGGGUAAUAGAAUAUUUCAUAGAUGUUGCUCGCGAGUGCUUUAACAUCGGCAACUUCAAUUCCUUGAUGGCAAUUAUUUCUGGCAUGAACAUGAGCCCAGUUUCCAGGCUAAAGAAAACAUGGGCCAAAAUCAAAACAGCCAAAUUUCAUAUCCUUGAGCACCAAAUGGAUCCUUCUAGUAAUUUCUACAAUUACAGGACGGCUUUGCGAGGAGCAGCCCAGAGAUCAACAACAGCCCAUAGCACCAGAGAAAAGAUUGUGAUUCCAUUCUGCAGUUUAUUGAUCAAGGAUAUUUACUUCUUAAAUGAGGGCUGUGCGAAUCGUUUAAUGAAUGGACACGUCAAUUUUGAGAAAUUCUGGGAGCUGGCAAAGCAAGUCAGUGAGUUUAUGACUUGGAAGCAGGUGGAAUGUCCCUUUGAGCGUGAUCGUAAAAUCCUUCAAUAUCUUCUCACAGCUCCUGUCUUCUCUGAAGAUACACUUUACUUGGCAUCCUAUGAAAGUGAAAGCCCAGAGAAUCAUGUUGAAAAAGAGAGGUGGAAGACUCUAAGAUCAACACUUCUAACUAGGGUUUAGCCCAGACAUAAAAUGCUUUAUAGUGGGCCACAAAUGUGCGAUGCUUUGCAAUAACUGACCUUCAAGAGCAGGAGACUUGGACAUCAGUGGAGUAGAAUUCAUGCACUAAGGACAAUGAAUCUCAAUGAGACUAAAGCAUAAAUAGACACCAGUUUCACUGGUCACAGAACUAUAUGUGAAUGUGUGUUUUUGUUUUGGUUCUGCUUGAUGCUGGCAAAUUUAUUGCAAGUUGAAGGUCAUUUAACUGGUGUUGUGGAUUGAUCCUCAGCAUUUCCAGCUGGUUAUUCUCUGCUGUUUCAGAUAGAACCUCAGAACUAGGUGCUGGUCUCCACCUGGCCUUAUAAAUAUUGGGAUUAAAAUGAACUCUGAAUGGCUGCUGGUCAGUGUAAUGGAAAACAAAUACUAAUAUAAUAAUGUUCAUGACAAUGUUCACGCAUUUACAUUACUGGAAUGCAAUAGAUUUGUAUGAUAUGGCAAGUUAGUUAAAUCCAUGAGCAAAUCGUUUACAUAGUACAUAAUGUAAAUAUUUUAUGUUUAAGUAUGAGUUACUAGGUAGGUUUUAAGAUACUCCAGAGAUUUAAAGUAACACUGAGAAUGGAAAUGUUAGAAUGUUAUUUUCGUAUUUGUAAGAAUUUAAAAAAAACAUUUUAAUUCUUUUAUAAUAUGUUUAGUAAUCACCACAUACUCAAAUAGUGACACAAAAAACAAUGACAUUUUGUACAGGGAUACUUGCAAAUUUGUUGAUAAAACUGUAACCCAUCACUUAACCCGCAGAAUUCAACAUUCUGCAUUCUGUGAGUUGCAUCAGCAUUAGGAUUGUAGAGUAUCCUACAUUGGAAGACUAUAUCCUAUAUCCAUGACCUGCUUGCAGUAGCUGUAAGCAUUUAGAAAUAUUUAUUCUAGAUCUAUUACGAAAGACACAUGAACUAUUUAAAGGAAAACAAAAGAACAUAGCUCCAAGAAGUUAAAGUGCCAGUGAUUCAUUAAUGGAGCUGUCAAUAUAAUAUAUUUGUUUCUAUAAAGCAUGUGAAUGAUGGCUGAAUUUUGUAAGUUUCUUUUUCCUGCCAUUAAGUUUUUUUUUAAGAAGCAGUCAUAAUAUUGUGGUUAACUUAUCUGUAUAUAUCUUUUGUGUACAUCAGAAUGUACUUUAAAUGCUUAGAUUGCUUAGAAAGGAAUUUAAAAGAAAUGUGGUGGCGAUUUUGUAAAUUAUGGAUCUUCUUUUACCUUGCAAGACUAAUUUCGUAUUAAAUUUUGGCAUAGUUCAGUCUUCAAAUUACUGAUGCAUUAGAGAUGUAAUUCUAGUCAUGCAUUACCAGUUCAACAAUGUUAUGCAGCAGAUGUGUUUUGUGUCAGCAAGUAUUAGUGAAUCUAUCUAUGCAAGUUCAAUAUUUCUGUGCAUCACAAUAGUGGGAUCAAAGAUCAAAUGACAGCAUUACAACUAUGUAGCAGGAAUGAUCCCACUUCCACCCUUAGAAGUUUUCAUCUUUUACAACAUUGAACCGCAGUGGAUUUAAUUUGUUUUUUUUUUGACACUGAUUAACAGAAAAAGUGAAAGUAGAUCUCCAAGUGACCUCAAUUAAUUACAAAUAUAAAACACAAAAUAAUUGAUUGCGUAAGUAUUCGCCCACUUCAAGUCAGUAUUUAGUGGAUGCACCUUUGGUAGCAAUUACAGCCUUGAGUCUGUGUGGAUAGGUCUCUUAUCAGCUUUGCACAUCUGCAAUUUUUCCUCAUUCUUCUUUACAAAACUGCUCAAGCUCUGUCAGAUUGCAUGAGGCUUGUAAUUGAACUGUCCUUUUCAAGUCCAGACACAAAUACUGAACUGGAUUGAGGUCUGUACUCUGACUUGGCCACUCCAGGACCUUAUCUUUGUUAUUUUUAAACCAUUUCUGUGCAGCUUUGGCUUUAUGCUUGGGGUCACUGUCUUGCUGGAAGACAAAUCUUGUCCGAAGUUGCAGUUCUCUUGCAGACAGCAUCAGGUUUUCCUCCAGGAUUUCCCUGUAUUUUGCUGCAUUCAUUUUACCCUCUACCUUCACAAGCCUUUCAGGGCCUGCUGCAGUGAAGCAUCCCCACAGCAUGAUGCAGACACCACCAUGCUUCACGGUAGGGACAGUGUGUUUUUGAUAAUGCGUGGUUUUUACGCCAAGCAUAGCGUUUAGUCUGAUGGCCAAAAAACUCGAUUUUGGUUUCAUCAGACCAUAGAACCUUCUUCCAGCUGAUUUCAGAGUUUCCUCAAAUGCCUUUUGGCAAACUCUAGCCUGGAUUUCUUGUGGUUUUUUUGCCAACAGUGGCUUUCUCUUUGUCACUCUCUCAUAAAGCUGCAACUGGUGAAGCACCUGGUCAACAGUUGUUGUAUGCAAUCUCCCCUAUCUCAGCCACUGAAGCUUGUAACUCCUCCAGAGUUGUCAAAGGUUUCUUGGUGGUCUCCCACACUAGUCCCCUUCCUGCAUGGUCACUCAAUUUUUGAGGAUGCCCUGCUCUAGGCAAAUUAACAUUUCCUGAUGAUUGCCUUAACUGUACUGCAAGGGAUAUUCGGCAACUUGGGAAUGUUCUUGUAUCCAUCUCCUGACUUGUGCUUUUCAAUAACCCUUCUGCAGAAUUGCUGGAAGUGUUCUUUUGUCUUCAUGGUGUAGUUUAUGCCAGGGUGCUGAUACACCAGCAACUGGACUCUACAGAUACAGGUGUAUGUUUACUACAGUCAAUUGAACCACUUUGACUGCACACAGGUGAUUUCCAUUUAACUAAUUAUGUGACUUCUAAAACCACUUGGCUGUACCAGUGAUGAUUUGGUGUGUCAUAUUAAAUGAGGUGGAUACUUGAGCAAUCAAUUAUUUUGCAUUUUAUAUUUGUAAUUAACUUAGAUCACUUUGCAGAGAUCUGUUUACAGUUUGACACGAAAGAAUCUUUUCUGUUGAUCAGUGUCAAAAGCCAAAUUAAAUCCACUGCGAUUCAAUGUUAUAAAACAAUAAAACAUGAAAACUUACAAGGGGGUUGAAUACUUUUUUUUAUAGACACUGUAUAGUGAUGAAACACUGCACCUUCAAACACACGAGAUGGGAGAACCUCCACAGAGAUUUGCUCAAUAGUGUGUCGAUCAUUUGUGAGUAGUGCAUAGAGAGAGAUAUUUACACUCUAAUUACAUUAGAUAAAUAUGGUAAAUAUUUAUAAAUGUGUGGAAAAUAGUAAUCUGAGUUUAUGCUGAUUUGAUCACACAUAUUAUAUUUACUGCAGGAGAAAACAGGCAAUGCUGACACAAAAUGCAAACAAUUAACUUGAACUGAAGUGAUUUGGGGUUUACCAGUGAAUCCUCAAGUAAAUUAUACCGUGUUCUGCGCUGAAAUGUGUCAGUGUGAGUCACAGUGCUUAGAUGGAAUUUUGCUUGCUUUUAAAAAAAUAUCAUGAUUCCUGAAGUGGAAAGAGCAUAUAAGGUAGCACGAGUUCAGUAUCUACCCAAAAUGAUCCACUUAGUCUUGCUGGUUCAGAGUGUCUUGUUAGACUGGCAACAACAAAGAGGUUUGAAUCUUGUUUUACAACUGGUAGGUUUUUAUUUGAAAUGGUAUUUACCCAAGCUUAUACAUUAGAGAAAGGGGAACAAAGUAGCAUAUACAAACUGGCUUGUGGUCAUUUGCUGAGAUGGGAUAUAUGCCUUUAUGCCUGAAUAAUCCAAGGAAGAGGCUGAAAAUGGCCCAUUUGAAAAGAAUAUUUGAAUUGUAGAUUUAUUCUUAUUUCUCACCAAAGCCAUCGGAGUCCGCUGUCAGUCAGAGUUGACCAUGAAUAUUGCAUCCUAGCUGUCUAGAUACACAAGCCUGGGCAGUACGAUACGGAGACCGUGCUAUUGCCCAUGUAGCAAGCUCCCCCUCUCCACGCAACUGAUGAACCCAGAGGAACAGCACAGACUGAUACAGUUUGGUACCAGCUGCGUCGCAGGAGUUGCCAGUCAGCAUUGAACUCAAUGUAGGACUGCCUUAGGGACUCCAGCUCUGGACUUUUUCCCUUGGGGUUACUACGGAAGACUUCCCCAUGAGUGGGUAUAGCUACAAGGCAGCAGAGGUUUGAGAUGUUUUUUCCUUCUCCUAGCUGAGCUGCCAGCCAUGUCUAACGAGCCCCAUCUGCCCAAAGCGACUGGUUUUAAGGCGCCAGUAACCGACCUUUACUCCUUCUCCUGUCAGUAGAAAAGGUCCCACUGGGUUUAGUAGCUAAGCCACAUGUAAAGGCCAGGAGCUGGACUUGGUUGUUAAAGACUAUUUGAGGUACAUGCUACUGGGAGCAUUUAAUAGGUAGUGGGGGCUUGUCCCCAUUACCACCCCCGGCUAUAACAACCCUAAGGAACCACCAAAACUAGGGAAACCACAUUUAAUUCUGAAGUGAUUUUGGGAACCCAAAUUUUGGAUUUGCAAAAGGUAAAGAUUGAUGUUGUAUUUGGGAGAAUAAUUUAUGCAUAGGUCAACCAGUGCUCCAAACUGGAUUUUUUUUUAUUUCAAGAAGGGCUUUGAGAUUCCCAGCUUUCAGAAAUCAGUUUUAAUAAAAGAAACUUACAGGUUUGUUUUUGGGAUCUAUGGUUUGUUAGCACACUUUUCUUGACUAUCGCCAAAUACCAAUUCACUUCAAGAAGAUUUUUCUAUAAACUUAGCUACCUUUUAAAAAUUCUGUAAUGAAUGUUCAUUUGCUACUCAUGCUGUUAAUUGUCUAAUUAUGCAGAGAUGUCUCCCAUGCAAGGAUGGCCAUGUUCUGCUAGGAGAGAUGUUGAAAAUAGAGGGAACAGCAGUAUGUCUAUAGGACAUAAUUAAAAACAAUGAAAUAAAUCAUUGAUAGAAUUUUACUCAAUUUUCCUGGUCCUGCAUGUUUUUUUGAAGCAUAAUACAUCUGAACACAAUGAGCUUGAUGAACUGUUAGU